AUUUCAGAGACUUUGACCAACACCAGAGAGGAAUCUUGAAGCUGAAAGAUUUUUAAAUCCUCCAUCCUGAAGGCUUCCAGUAGAUCUGAUCAGCUGUGAAAAGCCUCCUGUCCUGGUCUUCUGGUCAAUCAGGGUGUUUCUUUAAUAUUUGGGAUGACUUCGUGUCUUAAAACGGCUCACACUCCAGAUGGAAAAAGACAACUUUACCAGCGGACAUCUUCAGUCGCUGCCAUGGGAACUCCAUCACAAUCAACUGAUGAAGAAUUAUCAGUGGCUCUUCUGAACAUAAAUGGCCUCAGGAACAAAACUGAAGAUAUUCGUCACAUAAUAUCCCGGGAUAAGGUCCACGUUUUGGCUCUGUCUGAAACUAAAUUAGACGCUUCAGUUGCAGACAGUAAAGUUUAUAUUCCAGGUUUCAGGAUGUGGAGGAAGGACAGGGACAGCUAUGGAGGGGGGGUAGCUCUCUAUGUGCAGGAUCAUAUUGAAGCUAAAGAAAGGACCGACCUGAUGAAUCCUGAAGUGGAAAUCAUUUGGGUUGAGAUGGAGAUUCCUGACAGCAGACCAGUUCUACUAGGAUGUUGUUACAUACCAAAUAAUGAGGAUACAAAAUAUUUGGUUAAACUCUAUGAGAGCAUAACUAAGAUGUUGAAGAAGAAGGAGGAGAAAAAUAUUUUCGUGAUGGGAGACUUUAACAUUGACUUUAAAAAAGACUCUCUGCUGAGUUAUAUCGCUGAAAAAGUUUCAUCUAAAUGGGGGUUUAAGCAGAUUGUAGAAGAUCCUACAAGACUAACCGACAAAUCAGCAACGUGCAUUGAUCACAUUUACACAAAUGCUGCAGAUCUUUGCUAUAAACCUGAAUCCAGGGUAACUGGUUGCAGUGACCAUAACCUCAUCACCGUCACUGUCAAAAUAAAGAUUCCUAAACGGGUCAGAAGGUUGAGGUCAAAUCAAGACUUCAAUUUAGACACAUUUCUUGCUGACAUAAAAAGUGCUGACUGGAAAGCUGUCAGUGAGGAGUCCGAUCCUGAGAAAUCUCUGCUGAUGCUAACUGAGAAGUUUCUGUCAAUAGCAGAUAAAAACGCCUCAAUUCAGACCAAAGAUAUUUAUGAUUCAUUGAGGCCAAAGGACAGGUUGGAAACUUUAAUCAGUGAAAGAGAUCAGGCAGUAGGAAAAAUGAAAAAGAGGUUGAAGAAAAAAGAGCUGGAAGAUUUUGUUAAAAAAAAUAAAAAAAAAUAUUUCCAGCAGAUUUUUGAGGAAGCUAAAAAUGAUCCUAAAAAGCUUUUAAAAGUGUUUGAAGAAUUUUUGGGAGAGAGUUUGCCUUCAUAUGUGAUCAGCAUUACAGAAGAAGGAGUAGAACAUCUUGAUCCCUGCUGUCAAACCUUCACUGGAACCAAAGAUUUAGAGUCCAUCUUUGAAGGUUCCAGAGAAGACGAGAGAGAGGCUCAACUUGCUGAGAAACUGGAGCUCAAUGACAGAGAAGGGAAGAUUCGGCACCUGGCAUUUGGACCUCUAGAGAGUUUCCUGAGUCUAUCUGAGGUCCAGCAUGGCUCCACAAUGGUGGUUGCACUGUUUGACCUGCAGAUGACCCUGUUUCAACCCACCUCCAUGAGUUUUUCAGAUUGA